AUGAAAAAUACAAAAGUAAUAAAAUAUUUAUUUGAUUUAAAAUUUAAUGUUUGUUGGUUAAUUUACAAGGUUUUAUUGUCCAGAGUUGUUCCAUUUUUGAUAAGAUCUUAAGUUUCGCUAGUGAUUGUGAUGUCAAAAUUGGCAUGGUUUACUUUGGGAAGUUAAUACAUAAAAAACGUAUUUAAAUUUCUUUUUGUGAAUUAGAAUAUCAUAAUUAAUAUGAAUAUAAUAGUUUUUGCGCUAUUAGGAUUCUUGUUUGAUUUGUCUUUCGAGAUAAGCACAACAAAUUAUGAGACUGAUACAAAGUUCAACUAUUGUUUGAAUGUAGUAAAAGGGAAUUGUGAACUUUGUUAAUAGCAGUAUUUUUUGUUUUCAUUGCCGCAAGAUCACAAUGAAUUAGGAUUGAAGGCAGGAACAAGAGUAUGUGUAGAAUGGUAUAUUAAAUUGUGCCUAUGAUAGUCCUUAUUUGAAAUUCAAUGAAGCCAACAAUUAUUAUUGUGGAGACUGUUUGGACAACAGUCAGACAUGGUAAGUAUCAAUGAAUAUAAAAGGGAUAAAUCUAGACUGUGUACAUAUGAUUACAAGACUAAAUCGACAGGAACAUCUGUGUUUCACAAAAUAGAACGACCUGCUAAACAAUUAUUUUACGUAGUAAAGAGUGGACUAUAGGAUGUAAAUUAAAUAAGAUGAUAUGUAUAGUUUACGACACAAAGUUGUGAUGGAUGUGAUCAUUUCUGCAAAUCUCAAAAUUAGACUUGUCUUCCAGUUUCAAAAUAAUUUUCUUAUGAUUUGAAUAAUCUGUACCUGAGUUGUACAGAUGGAUACGAGUAUAGCGAUGUGAUUAGUGGAUGCGAUCCAUGUCCUGAGAAUUGCAAGUCUUGUUAAAUAAACAAAUACAUCUCUUUGGAUGAUUCAGGGAAGACAAUAGUGACAAUUAAAAAGAAUUGUUUGAUUUGCAAUUCAGGAUUUAGUUUACUGACAACUCGAGCUGAAUAGAAUGGAGUGGAAACUUACAGUUAAUGUGUAGCAUGUUUCACAGGUUGUGAUGCCUGUUAUUUUGGAAGAGAUGGAAUUAACCUUAAUGAAAAACCAUGGGAUGAUUACAAUAACAAUCCUCUCCUCCUGACAACCAAUUAUGAGACCGACGAGGUCUAAUUCUUUAUUGAUUUGUUCAAGUUGUACCGUAUAGCCUAACGGUGCGAACAAUGUACCAGUACUACUUAGAGUACGUUUGUUCCAACUCUGAGUAGAAGAGCGUGCAUUAGAUGCGGCACGAAUUGUAAGAGAUGCGAAUACAAAUUUGGAUCAAUAUUGUAUAUAAUAUUUUAAAACAUUCAGACCAACAAGGGAUAAAUAAAAAGUUGUUGAACCCGAGACAUCAGAACCAACAACUGCAGAGAUCGAGGCUGUUGAAUCUCAGUACACACUGAGAUGCAGAGAGUGUGACAAAUUCACUCAGACUUUCUAUGCUGUUGGAACUGGUUGCACUGAUUGUUCUAUUGCAAAUUGUAAAUUAUGUGCUAAAGUCGGUGAUCCAACUCUUGGUAGUGAUUCUUCCUUUUCAACUAUAGCCUUAGACUUUGUGCCUUUACCUAAAGAAGGUAUUCAUGCAUAAACUAAUAAUAGAACAAUCAAUGGAGAAGUGUUUGCUUUGUGAAGAUGGAUACUUCUUGGCAGAUGACUAUAAGACAUGUACGAUAUUCGACACUAUUAAUAAACCUAAGACUGGUUGUUUAACCUAUUACAAAUAGACUGUUUUGAUACAGCAAUGUUUGCAAUGCGAUAUUGGAUACACUCUUUACAAAAAUGAUAGUUCAGGUAAUUGGGAAUGCAGAAUGGAUUGUUCAUCCUUAAUGCAAGAUUACUUAUGUUAAUCGUGUGUCAUAAAUGGAUUAAAAUAACGUUGUUUGAGAUGUCUGGAUGGUUUCUAUGUGGAUAUGUAAACAGGCAAAUGUGUUCAAUGUGCAGAAAAUGGACAUUGUAAAAAAUGCUACACCUUGUCUCUGGUCUCUGUUCAUCAUACUGAAUACUUCGAUUACCUUUUUGAUGGACAAAGUAACACUCUUUCUGAAAAGAAGAUAUUAGGUCCUUAUUGUUAUGAAUGCACUCCUGGAGAUGCAUUCAAAGGACCUAUUCUAAAUGAGGAUCUCAGGUAUUGUGAAAAGGGUGGCCAGAAUUGUGCUUAAUUCUUAGCCAAAGGAACCAAAGGAUACUGUGAUUAAUGUGAUUCUAGUCUAGUUGGAAUAUCUCUGAGUUCUUCCAUCGAUGAUUCUGAUUGUAUUUAAUGUCCAGAAAUAACUAUUGGUUGCAGAGAACGAUCCACUGAUGAAAUUAAGCAAUUAAAUCAAUUCUAUGAUCCCACUGAGGACAAAUAUAAAAAAUAUGCACGAUUAUCAUUCAAAUGCGAUGAUGGUGGCAAUAAUUAUUAUGACAGUAAAAUUGGAAGGUGCAUUUCUAAAACUGAUUGUCCCACUCCUUGUGAUCGAACUGAUGAAAUCACUAUAACAGCUGAUUGUCAAUAAAACCAACCUAAUGCCAAUGAUGAAUGGAAAAUCAAUUCUUAAUACAGUGAUAUUACAUCCAAAAAUACUUAUCUCAUCCUAGAAGAUAAGAUGGAUUCCGCAACCAGAGAUGCUCUCUUUGAAGAGUGGAAUAAGAAGGCAGUCACAAAAAUCACCAUUAUUCUUGAUUUCCAAUAUUUCUCUGGAGAUAAUGCAAAAUGUUUCUUCUAAAAGGAUACCUAUUUUACAUCCAAUAUUAGAAAAAAUGUCUUCUCUGUUUAAAAUUUAGAACUUAAAAUACAAACCAACGCCCCAACUCCCAACGAGAGGAUUUAAUGGUUCAUCUAAAAGACAAUCUACUUUGCUUACUUUACAUCUAUCUCCAUCAAUGGAAUAGAAUUAUACCCAGCAUCAGACAGAGGAAAUUUGUACUCAAAUAUACCCAAAUAUGAAACACCCUUCGGAUUCCAAUUCCUCAAUAAUACUGGAUCUGUGCUCUAUCUAGAGAAUGUCAAAAUUGGAAAUAUCAAUGCUGAGGAUCACUAUUUAGACAAAUCCGCUUAUACCACCCCUUAUAGUGCAGUUGCAGUCACUCUUAAGAAGUAGAAGCCAUUCUUUGCAAUUCUUUUGAACACAUAUGAUAUCUAUUUAAAAAAUGUUGUCAUUCAAUCUCAAAACUAUUUGGUGAGUUCUGAUAUUACAUUCUAAGCAAAACCAUUUGGUUUAGUGUAUGAUUCCGACAUCACAAUACCAUAUUUAAAUAUUCGAUUAGAAAAUGUGAAAUUUUAUGAUAUUGCCGUUGAAAAGUAAGCACUGUUUGAACUAUAAUCAGUUAGCUUUUUAACUCCACCUGAGUGGAAUAGUAAGAUAAUCAUCACUUAAGUUCAAUUUGAAGAUUGUUACUUUGUUAAUGAUGGUGCCUUCUUAAGUACAGCUGUUCUAGAUGAACCGAUGGGUAUCGUGAUCAUAAAUUCCUUAUAUAUGAGAAACAUGGAAUACAAUAAUUCUAGAGGAAUUGCUGAUUUUACAACGAUGUAAUAGAUCAAAGUGAAUAAUUUUUAAAUGUAAGAUUCUAAAGUUAAUUCUACUGCUUUGUUCCGCAUAACAACAAUUGAACUGAGUGAUGCCUACUUAUAAAAUACAAAGUUCACAUUUAAGGGUCGAUUGAUUUAAACCCAAUAUGAACUCAAAACAAUUAGAAUUAAUGAUCCUGAGUUUUCGGGAUUGAAAUUAUAAUUUAUCAAUCUAGAAUUCGAUUAAGUAAUUUGUCUAACUCCUGCUUGUUUAAUUCUCAUUACAGAAAUCUAGAAUGAUUACUUUAUGCCCAUCAACAUUACAAUGAAAGGAUUAGUUAUUAAAUAAAUAAAUACUGUUGGAUUCGAUGAAACUAUAUGGGAAGCAGCAACAAGUGCCUCUAUCAGAAUUGAGAAAAGUAAUAGAUUGUAGGUUUCUGAUUUUGAGAGUGUUGAAAAUGCAGACUUAGCCAUCUUUUAUGUUGAGUAAGUGUGGACAACCAAGUUUGUCAACAUCAACUGUCAUUAAAAAGAAGGGUUGAGUAUUAGGAAUAAUUACUGUCUCUUUAUUAACAACCCAUACAAGGGAGUAGAAUUAAUUAACGUAUAAUUACUGAACCUGGUUGGAAGAGACAAUUCAUUUAUUGGAAUAUCUUCAUGGAGUAAUCUAAUUUACAAUACUUCAACUUCUGAAUAUUAGGAAACCAUAGUUAUUAAUGGAGUCUACGUGACAUAAUGCACCAUUAUCACUACUGUAUUGGCAGUGCCUUCAUCUGCCAUAUUGAUAGAUUCCACUCAGAUGUAAAUUGUGUAGAUCAAUUUUAUGUAUUUCUUCAAGAACACUCAUUUAAUGGAGAUAUAAGGUUCCUUGAGACCAAGUAAUCCAACAUUCUUGAUUAGAAGUGUGGUUGGCACAUUGAUUUUAUAGAAUAGUCUUUGGAGAUCGAAUUCCGUUUCAGGUUAUGGGUCAGUUCUCUAUUUGGAAGUGGGAACUUAGAUCAUUUUCAAUGUCUCAAUGGUGAAUAGUAACUUUGAUCCAGAAACCAAGACACCCUUUCCUACUAUUAAUGAGAAGGCAGAAGGUGGACAUCUCUUUAUUUCUACAUUCCUUCUAGACAUGAGUGAUUGCACGUUCUUUAAUUCAACUGCCAAAUUGGGCGGUGGAUUAUACAUAAAGACUUUGAAAGAAGGAAUGGUUACUUUGAGGAAUAUUUCAGUUCGAUAUGCUUAUACUCCUUUGAGUGGAACAGUGUCAUCAAGAGGAGGGUGCGUAUACAUAGAUUCAAUGGCCUCGGAGUUAGAUAUGAAAAUCUAGAAUGCAGAGUUUAGAGAUUGUUUCACAAGAGGAGAAGGAGGAGGCAUCUUUUUGAUAAGUUAUGAUAAGAAGUAGCAGUUCAAAAUUUAGGAUUCUACAAUCGCCAAUUGCUAUGCCUUAAGUGGUCUAGCCAUAAAAACUCUGUUUUUCUCAAGAACAAUAGAAAAAUAGAAGAUGAUGCUUCAAGAUGUGAAGAUAUCAGGUAAUUCAUCAAAUUCCUUGGUUUACUUAGCAUAAUUGGGUUCCUUUUAAUCAAUUGAAAAAUUUCUAUUCUUGAAGAGAAUUGCAGCCAUUGAAUAAGAUUUUGGAUAAAUUGAGAUCUAGAAUGCUUAUUCAGAAGGUUUAUUCUAUUACGGAUUUCUUUCAAUAUGGUAAUCAACUCUUAUUAAAUUGAAUACGAUAGAAUCUUAGCAUAGUAUUCUAUCAUACAGACCCUACAUAGAGAUAUAAGAACCUUUAGAGAAUCCGAUAACUGUGGAUUUGGUGUAGUUUAGAAAUAUCUCUUCAAUUUCAUUAGCAAAUUUGAAUUGCACUAGUAUUACAAACAGUGCAUUGUGUAGAUUACUUGAAAUUAGAAUAGAAUUCCCAGAAUAUUAAAUCAAUCCAGCAUUAAUGUUGUUCGAUUUGAUUUAGGAGAAGACACCUUUAAUAAUGAAGAAUGUUGCAAUCAAUAGAGUGAUUUGUAAGGAAUGUCAUGGUGGUUUGGUCUAAAUAAUGAGAGUAUCAAAUUCAAGGAUGAUUCCUUUGGUUUAAAUGAGUUCAUGUAGAUGUUCUAAUUCGGAAUCAUCUUAUUAUGGAUGUUUUUCUGUAUCAAGUGAUUAGUACUUAAGAGAAUAAACUACGAUGGAUAAAUUACUUGGAACAUCUUUGACUUCUAAUCUAACUUUAGAUAAAAUACCUUAAUAUACCAAUAUGAGUGAAUCUUCCUCAAAUAGACUCCUGGCUACUGACACAUCCGAUUAGGUUAAAUAUAAUUUUAGUUAUGCCAUUCCAAAUCCAGCAUAUUUAUCCCACGUGAUAGUAGAAUCCUUAAAUAUAAAUGAUGUUAAGGCUAUCCAUGGAGGAGGUAUCUCAUUUUAUGGAUUGACUGUCAAUGUAACAUCCAGUUAUUGUUCAUUAGCAGUAGUUACUGGCAGAGGAGGGUGCAUAUAUUUUGAAUCCUAUCCUAAAGAUGGAGGCACCAUUUAACAUCGAUUAAACAUAGCUGACAGUUCAUUUUACAGGAACAAUGCAAGUAUAGGAGGAGCAAUUGCAGUUGUGGAAAGUGGAAUCAAUAAUUAUGCUUUGACCAGCAUCACUUUAAUCCAAAAUUUUGCCUCAAAAUACGGUGAUGAUGUUGCUCAAUAUCCUACUUCAUUGGGUAUAAGGGUGAAGUCAGUUUUACAAAAAUAAGGAAAUUUAGAUUUUCACACUGGAUGGUUGCAUUAUCCCCUUGUUAUCAAGAGUGGUUAGGAAUUAAAGAAGUUUGAAAAUCAAAGUGUUGUUUUGGUGUUCCUUGACAAGAAUAACAAUGUGAUGAGUUAUUAGCAUGAUACGGAAUGCAGUUUAUCAAGCAAUGUUACCAAAACCAAAGACAAUUAAACUUCGACUUUUCCAGGGGAAACAAUUAGAAGGUUUGACAUUAAUGAUGUUCAAGGAUUUGACUAUUCGAAUCAAAUUAUUAACUUUGAUCCAUACAAUCAAAUCACUCUAGAUGCAGUGUUUAAUAGUAGUCAUAUCAAUAUACCUAUCUACCAUGACUAAUAUCCCUAUCAAUGUAAGGGUUUUGACACUGGAUACACUUUAUAAGUCAGGAUCAGGUCGGUAGAAUGCGAGUUGGGAGAACAAUAUAAUGAUUAGUAGGAGACCUGCACUCCUUGUUCAGUGGGUACAUUUGCUUUGGAGUAUAAAACUGACACUUGCAGGAAAAUAGAUGAAACCAAAAUGAAUUACACUUAUAUGAAUAAAAUUAGUAUCAAGAGUAGUUAUUGGAGACCACAUUAUUAGAGUGGAGAGGUUGAAGAGUGCAAGAAUAAAGUGUACAAUUGCAAAGGAGGAUUUGAUGUUGGAAAUGAUCUUUGUCAAGAUGGGUUCAUCGGAGCACUUUGCGAGGAGUGUGAUAUAUACGGUAGUUAUUGGGGAGAGUCAUAUUCCAAUUCUGCUAAAUAUGAAUGUGGGCUUUGUUAGGAAAAAACUAGAAACUAAUUAAUGAUUGCAUUCAUAACUAUCUUUACAAUUUAUAGCACUUUAUAGUCAGUAAAAGGUCAUGAAGAUAGAAUGGAAAAAGUUGUUACCAUGAAAGUCUUAAGAUAACUUAAACUAUUGUCUGCCAAAGCCUCCUUAGAUCAAGCUGCUAUAUUAAUGAAAAUAUUCAACAAUUUUGUUUAAUUGCUUUCUAUCCUGGAAGGCUUUAAAAUUGAUAUACCUCAAGGCACAGUCGAUACAAUCAACACUGUCAGUAUGCCUGCUAAAUCUAUGGGAAAUGCUCUGGAUUGCUUUUUAGUUGAUGGAGCAGGUGAUGUAGAUAUGAUUUAUCUGAGAUUGAUUUGGUCUUUGGCUAUCUAAUUGCUAUAUAUCAUUGCAAUGACUUUGAUCAUCCUGGUGUUGAUUUUCAAGAAUCGAUUCAAGUGGAAGAGUCUCUAAACUAUGGCCAUUUACAUGUUCAUCUUUUUAUAGCCAACCUUCUUGAUUGAAUUUGCGAACCUUAUAGCUCGGAGAGAUAUUUCAGGAGAAGGUUAUAUCCAAUCCAAUGUGUCUUAUAAGUACGACACCUAAACUCACAAUGUAUGGUUGUCAUGGUUUGCAUACCCUGGAUUCUUCAUAUUUUUGUUUGUGAUACCUUUCAUCUUCUUUUAUCAAUUGUUAGUUGGUAAAUGGUAUGAAAGAUUUGAUUAAAUUGCAUUCAUGCAGUCAUGGGGAUACUUCUAUCAUGAGUACUCAAAUGAUAAGGAUAGGAUUAUUUACUAUUGGGAAUUCGUGAGAAUCUACAUCAGAGCCUUUAUCAGCAUUCUUAUUUGUCUCUAGGCUUAAAACGUCAUUAUGAUGGUACAAUAUAAUCAUCUAUCAUUUAUAGGGGUCCUUGUCUUCCAUCUUGACUUUUAUCUACCUCCUCUUGAGUCUGUAUGUGCAGCCGUACAGUAAUAAGAAACUGAAUAAGAUCGACCAAAUCUCUAAUGUCAUCCUGACGCUCACAUUUAGCAUUGCGACGAUCGUCUAUUCAACUAUUUAAAAUGAAAACUUCCAGAUAACAUUAGCAGGGUAUGUCAUAAUGGGCAUUUUGAUCAUUCCAUUUUUAUUAUACAUAAUCUUUGAAAUUGUGGGAGAAAACUUUGAAAGCAAAGCAAACUUAAUCGAUAACAUCAGAGAUAAAAUCAAUAAGAAAUACCCAUCACUUAUUAAAGUCAGGAAUUGUCUGACCUGCUGGAAUUGCUGUGAUUCCUUUAAUAUUCCCAAAUUCAUACUACAAAACCGUACAACUAGUAGGAGAAGAGCCAAGGAACUUUGGAGAGAUCUCAUGGCUACUGUCAAUGAAAGCUUGGAAGAAUGGAAAUUUGAUAGAGAUCGACCAUUUAAAGUUAAAAAAUGGUUUAAUGAACCUCUUGUUCUGUAAGAUGAAGGUAUGGAUGAGUAUCAGAUAUACUGACGAUUUAUAUAAAUAUAUCUGAACAACAUUAUUCUUAAUCAAUUUAAACAUCCUAUUUAUUAUUGUAUUUGA